AUGGCUGGACACUCAGCAGGACAUAAUGGUUCUGUGGAGCCCAGACCCGAUGGAGGUGCCAGCGAGGAGCUGGAGGACCAGAACCUGUGGCCCAGACCUCUGGCUCGACAAUGGACCGUGAUGCUGUUCAUGGGCACCUGCCUCCUCUACAGUGCCCGGAUGACCAUGCCAGUCUGUGCUGUUUCGAUGGCCGCCUCCUUCCACUGGAGUAAGAUCGAGUCUGGCCUUGUCCUGGGCGCCUUCUUCUGGGGCUACUGUUUCACUCAGAUCCUGGGAGGACACGCCAGUGACACGUUGGGAGGAGAGCGUGUCUUGUUCAUCUCUGCAGCUUCUUGGGCUCUGAUCACGGCCGGUACCCCUCUCCUGGCCCAUCUGGGCUCACACACCCUUGCUGCGAUGACGAUGGCCCGAGUCCUGAUGGGUGUUCUCCAGGGUGUCUUCUUCCCAUCUUUGGCCAGCCUGUGCUCCCAGCGUGUGGUGGAGGGAGAGAGAGGCUUCUUAAUGAGCACCAUGCACAGCGGCAGUCACCUUGGAACUCUGUUAGCAGGUGGACUGGGCUCCCUGAUACUGGACAGGUAUGGCUGGGAGAGCAUGUUCUACUGUAUCGGACUCCUGGCUGGACUCUGGGCCCUCACAGUUUGGCACUAUUUUUUAAAAGGUGAUGUCAUUCCCAAACAGAAGGGUAAAAAGAACGAUUUCCAGCCGGGUUUGAUAGGAAGACACUGGCUGGACCUGUUGAAAAAGCCUCCUGUUUGGGCCAUGGUGUUUGCUCAUAUGUGCCUGUGCAGCACAGCCUGCACUCUGUUAUCAUGGCUGCCAACGUACUUCAAGGAAUCGUUUCCUGAAGCCGCGUCGUGGGUGUAUAAUGUUCUUCCAUGGCUAACUGCUAUUCCUUCAGCUCUUGGAGGAGGAGUUGUGUCAGAUUUCCUCAUUACCAAAGGAUACAGUGUAGUGUCUGUGAGAAAAAUAAUGCAAUUUUUUGCCAUGGGAUUGUCCAGUAUGUUUAUUAUACCGUUGUCUGGAGACAUCACGUUUCCCUCUGCUGUGAUCUUCAUUUCUGCUGCUAUUGGUUUCUCCACGUUCACCAGCUGUGGAGUUUCUGUGAACGUUCAGGAUCUCACUCCAUCAUGUGCAGGCGCCCUCUACGGUUUUAUGAACAUGCUGGGCGCUUUAAUGGGGCUGGUUCUGGUGUCGUUUUCUGGCUACCUGAUAGAGGUCACCUUGUCGUGGGCCACAGUCUUCUCCCUCAUCACUUUAGUAAACGCCACUGGUCUUGGGAUCUUCCUCGCCUUUGGAGACGCUCAACGUGUCGACCAGCCAGAUGACUGCCAAGUUAUCGUGGUUUGA